UUCCAAAAAAACGGAUUAAAAACUUGUGAAGACAUGAAUACUCUAUCGCCUACGUACAUUUCGACAUCACAUUAAUUAUGACACAUCAUAAUAUCCAGUCUAUGACAGUGUGAUUUUCUAUACAAAAGUAAUUGACGGAAAUGAUAUGGACUAAUGAACUUGAAUCGACAAUAGUUACGAAAUAUGUCGGUGUUGGGUGGUACUAGAAUGUAAUGUUUCGUCAUAUUGGUGAAUGAUGGUUGGUGUAUCAGAAUGUGUUAUGAAAUAAGCCACAAUGUCAGAGUAGAAUAAAAGUUACCCGCAUUCUGAAAGUCAACGGCAUUCGGAGUACCGCGCAUCUUCGGAAAGUCCUGAUAAGAGUUUUCUCCAUACCCUCGGCUGAUCAUCACGAUGUACUCCAUGUUGAGCAGGAGGGACGUCGCUCAGUCUCUAGAUCUAGGUCCAGAGCAAUUUUUCCAGGAUACAGGAAGCCCUAGCGGUGUGCCUCAGGAGAUCGCAGGGCGCAUCAUUUCAGCAGUCCUGGAGGUCAUCUCUACCUGCAGAUCCUUAUCAUCGCUCCUUCCUCGCGUUCUCUCACAUAAUAAGGUCGAGAGCAUACCAAACAUCGAUCUCUAUUUAGCAACUAGUAACGAUCUGGAAAGAUUCAUCCGAAGUAUGCCUCAGUACUUCACAAUCUCUGGCAGCCAUGUGAGAAGAGGUAAUAGCUUUGCGGAGGAUGUUUUCAAUGCAGCCAUUAGAAAGAGAGCGUUGGAGAUACACCCUUCAAGUAAUGUGAGAAAAGGUUUGGCUGCUGCCGCUUUGGGCGUACCAAAUGAUUUAUUUCAUGUGCUCAGUCAAACCCAAAUUAUCGAUUCAAUGAGGGACUGUAAUCGAGUUCUUGAUCCGAUCCUUGACCAGUCUAGAAGAGAGAGUGUGGUCAUUGGACUCGAUUGUGAAGGUGUCAACUUAGGGGAACGUGGAGGAUGCCUGACUCUUGUUCAGAUCUCGACCUGGGACGGGAAAGCAUUCCUCUUUGACGCCUUCAAGAACCCUCAGCUUCUCAAAGGAAACUCUAGUCUCAAGAAGAUACUAGAACAUAACAGCAUCCUUAAGGUGAUCCACGACUGCAAAUGCGACACCCAUGCACUGCACAAUGAAUUUGGUGUCAUACUCAAGAACGUGUUUGAUACGUCGAUUGCGAUGACCACUCUGAUGGAACAAUUAAACCGGUACCGAACCUACCGAAUUGGUUUCAAAGCUCUUUUGGAGCUUCUCGGAGAGGGAGCCCCUCACAGGGACGAUGAUGCAAUUAAACGGAAGAUGCGACACACACCAGAUAUCUGGAAGAGUCGACCAUUAACAGAAGAGAUGAUCUACUAUGCUGCAUCUGAUGCAUUGUGUUUGGUUCCCAGCCUCUACCUGAAACUCAGCAGUAUGAUGACACCUAUUUGGCAGGAUUACUUCAAGUGGGCUUGCAAGAAAACCGUUAACAACAUCCUGAAAUACAGACAGCAAAUUAGUUACCAUGGCAUCAACGCUGUCGAUCGCGAAAUCCGUCUAAAUGAGUAAAAUGUGUAAAAAUAUACAUGUAUAUUGGUUACUGUAACAUAUUACACAAUAAUAAUGUCUGACAAUGUAUUUACAAAACGAUAAAACUAGAUAAAGAGGGUUACAAGCCGACUAGCUUAUUACUAUCGUGUUUUAAUACUUUUAUAUAUGAUGUCAUAUAUUGUAUUGGAAAAAUGUACCGAAUGUAAAUGUCACAUUAAUGCACAUGCAUAAUGUUCGGGGAAAAGAUGUCAGAAGAUGACGACAUUAGAGAAAUCAAUAAGUCAAUUCAAUUUACCCGUUAGCAUGUACAUAAUCGUACAUUAAGAGGUGAUGAUAAGGCCUAAAAUAAAAACUUGUUGCAUUGCCCUUUGGGUGCCAAAACAUGGGUCGGUCGGUCGGA